AUGGAAACAACGGGAAGUAUCGACGGUACCGAUACGGUUCCUCAUGAUCAUGGAAUUUCAAGAGCCCAAAACGCAGUUUAUAUUCCACCUUCGAAAACCAACAGCAUAACCGAGAAUCCUUUAAAGACGUUGUUUGUUGGACGAUUGGAUCCCGAACGUGCCAUUAACAGAUCAACGGAUUUUAGAAACCUUGAAGAACGUUUUCAAAAAAUUCGGCGUAAUCAAGAACGUGAAGCUUUAACGGGCGAUUCACGUGGAUACGCUUUCAUUGAAUUUACUCAUGAGAGGUCAUGUCAGGAUGCAUAUGUUAAUUCUUAUAAAAUGACAAUCGACGAUCGCCAAGUUCUGACUGACUAUGAGCGCGGUCGAGUAAUGGAGGGAUGGGUUCCUAGAAGAUUGGGCGGCGGUUUCGGAGGCAGAAAGGAAUCAGGUCAACUUCGUUUUGGAGCACGUGAUCGACCUUUCAAACGACCAUUGCACGUGACUGGGAAUCAGGUCAUGCCAGAAAUUCUACCCGAACAACGUCUCGAUGAUUGUUGGCGUCGAAAUAUGUUGGCAGAAGAUGAAAGAUUAACACAACGUUCUGGCGUCGCAAAUAAUCGUUCUGUUUUUCAACUUUCUAAAGAUUCACAUUUCAACCAACAGGACCGUUGGAACGGUUCAAGGUUUAAUAAUGGUAAUGAUGUUAAUAAGGGCCUGGGAGAAGAUCGCCCCGUUCGUUACCAACAUUCAAAUCAAUCAUAUCAUCGGGACCAAUCUAUUGAAGCGUUUCCUUCGCGCCUCCAAGUACGUGAAAACGGAACUCACGGUCACACCGAACGUCAUCAUCGCUAUCGUCAUGAACGAAAAUAUGGGCAUUCAGGAUCUCGAUCACGGUCCCCCUCACGAUAUAAACGUGACAAUUACAAAUACAUGCGAGGUGAUAAUAGGUCUAAUUCUCGGCGAACAAGAAGCCGUAGUCCACAUUCUCGGACAAAAUACCCGGACCAGAGUCACAGUAGAUAUGCAGGUCAUGAUCGACAUAGUGAGAGAGAUAAGAAUAGAGAGAGAAGCAAAAGUAACAGAGAAUACUAUUCACGAAAGUAA